AUGCCAUCCCAGGAUGAACAAAGAGAGCAAGAUGAAUCUUGGGCGAGUUUUGAACUAGAUCUUGAUCUAGAUCUGGCAAACUACCCAGAAGCACGGCAGGACCUCUGUGCGUCAAUUGAUCCCCAGCUGCAACAAUGGCAGGGAAAUAUUGGCCCAGAGGCGCUACCCACCCCGAUGGAGGAAGAAGCGGGGAUGGGCAGUCGCAUAAAUUCGCUGCCAGAUAUCUCUAGUCUUAUGGAUAGCAACCAAAGCGAGGACGAGAUGGGCCUUUUAAACAACAUUGCAGGCGCAGACGCAUCGCUCUGUCCGCCGACACAAUUUAACGGCUCCCAAUUGUCCCAGGUCAAGGGUAAGGAUGAUGACUCGCUUUCGAGUAGGCUGCCGGAUCUACAACGCAAGCUUCAUAUCCUGUCAGGAUCAUUUCAGCGAGAGUUCCAAGAUCCUAGGAGCGAGGCAUUGUACACUAGCGGUAUCGAAGAAACAUUUACUGCGACUGAAACCCUGGUUGAUAUCAUCAAUACCUUUCAUGAACUCAAUAUCCUUGGAGGCCCGAUGUCUCCAAAAGAGAACAGCCCAAGGCUAUCAGGACUGCGUGGCUACGCAACGGUCCUCCUUAUUUACAGUUGUUAUCUCCAUCUCUUAAGCGUAUACGAGCUUCUAGUCGCAUCGCUUUCUGCGAAUGUCCAACGUUCGGCAUCCCAACAUGAAGCCAGCCGGUUCUCGUUCUUGCAACAGAACUCGACUUCGGCGAAUUUCCGGCCAUUGGAUAGUUCUCCAAUCGAUAUCCCCGUUCUGAACAUCGGCCAGUUCAGCCUGGCCGCGUCACCUAGGAUGAAUCUUGGGCUCCUGUUACAUUUUAUCCAGGAGACGGUCGACCGUAUGCAGACGGCAAUCCAGACCUGUGCCUCCAUGCCUCAGCACGGAAUCACGGAUGGGCUACGUCAUACAGGCAGAAAAGCCUCGAGCUCUUGGUACGGCGCGGAUGUACCCUUCACUAGAGACGUGGAUGGGAGGUCGUCGAUGUUCGACGGUAUCUUAUCUGAUAUUGAAAUGCAUGAAAAAGAGUUGACUGGAAACCUAAACGACUUGAAGGGUCUUUUGAAAGGGAAAUCUAGUUCCCGUCCUGGGUAUGGUUGA